UAAUCGCUGUUUCUGGUACCGAGACUGUUGCUCCUUUCUGUAGCAGGCUAAAGGUGCAGCAUCAGUUGCCCUAGGAAACGUUGAGGCCACAUAAAGAUGUAAAUACGAGGCGCUGUCCCUGUAUUCAGCCCAGAUCCAGGUUCUGGAUUUUUGUUGACUGGCUCUCAUUCUCUCUCUCUCUCUUCCGUUGUUUUCCUCCCGUCUUUUUUAUUUAUAAACUGCUCAAUCGCUGCACACCAAGAUGAAAUCUUGGCUUCACACCCAUAGCAUCCGAAAAUCAAUCUCCGAGGGAAUUCUGCCAUUGCAGAGGCAUGACUCUGUAGAAGUGGAUGACACUAGACCACCAAGACCCUUGCCUGUCAUCGCCCUUCGAGUCGACGCCGCUGCUAGGAUUGCGGCAUCAGAUACUUCCAGCCGCAUGUCUAUUGAACGAUACUUGAGUGCUCCGCUAGACGACGAGCCGGCUUCGGCUCCCGCAAUAGAUAGAGCUUUGAAGAAGCAUGGUCCAAAAGAACAUAUGUCACACGCUCCCGGAAAAAGACGCAAGGGUCACUCUCGCGAUAGCUCGUAUGACGCUCUCUCGGAAGGUCAACGCACAUGCUACACUUCUGGCAGUGCGCCCGAGUCGACCGGCACAUCAUACAGCGCUGUUUCUAGGGCCAACCAUCAUCGGCGAAGUAUGACUCAACCAGAUCUUCCGCAAGUCCCCAGGAUCUUUGGACUGAACCUUGGAAGAGCCGCCACUGGGUCACCAGAACGACCAACGACAGCCCGGACUGUGGACACGGAAAAAAGCUGGGCCCCACAAAAUGACGGAGUGACGCCAUUGUAUGCGCCCCAUCAACGACAAACUGACUACAAGGUGAAGGCGGGUGUUGAGAUAGUCCAUAUUCAGAAACGAGCAAAGGCACUACAGGAUCAACUACAGAAUCGCGAGACAAAGAACGACGAACCGAGGGUCACUGAUGAGAUGGCUUACGCCAAAAUGGUGCAAAGACCAAAGCUUGCGUGGGUCCUAGGGGGCGAAAUGGACGAUGCUCAAAGUAUCAGACGACCAAAGUCAAGCACGGCGAGUAUACUGAUGGAAAGUCCAACUGAUGAGAUAUCACGAAUGCCGAACACGAGCUGGCUGCAAGAAGGAAGUCAACACUCGACUCUACGGAAGACCAAGUCGAGCGAUACUUUGGAGAGUAAAGCUCGUCGAGCCAACGGGCAUCAACAGAAAACAUCAACGUCACCUACCCGCAAACCUAAGAAACGUCCCCGAUUCUACUGUACUUUUUGCCAGAAGCGUUUUCCAAGCCUAACGGAUUGGAUGAAGCAUGAGCAGUCCGUCCAUAUGCCGGCAGAGCUUUGGAUAUGCUGUCCACGUACAGGAGACUUUCCCGAGCGGUGCCCAUUCUGCGCCAAAAAGGAUCCAAGCCCUUCACAUCUCGCCGACCACAACUAUUUGGCGUGCCAAUCAAAACCACUUUCGGAACGGACAUUUGCGCAGCAAGACGCAUUCCUACAGCACAUCAACCAGGAGCACAAGGUCAGUCCCGACCAGAAGCCUCUGCGCCUGUCGGAAUUACUGGAAGCAUGGCGGCACCCAUUGCCAUUGAAGUUCGGCCAUCAAGCACUACACUGUGGCUUCUGCGGGCAGGUCUUUCCGACGUACCGGGAACGGACAGAGCAUGUGGCUACUCACUUCACAGCGGGCCUCGACAUGAUGUCGUGGUGGACAGGACGGAUCAAUCAGGAGAUAACGGGUCAUGAUGGCAACUAUGCGAGCCCAGAGCUACCCCACAAAUGCGGCUAUUGUGAACGUGUCUACGAUAGCCUUGCAACAGCGCAGAAACUCCACCCAGUAUGUACCAUGUGGUCGUGCAGCUUCCUCCCAGGCAUGCAGCACACCAUCUACCCAGCCGGUGUACAAGAAGACCUCGAGGCUGUGUGCUGCUAUUGCAAUGAAUCGCUUGUAAGGGGUAAUGGAAGGGUCAAAGGAGCAGUGCUCAAAGAGCACAUUGCAAAGCACAACUUCCGAAACUGCAGCCAACGACUCUACUUCUCAGGACAGCGCUUCCGGCAACACCUACAAGACUCGCACCGAACCAACAACGACGGCACGCUCUUCGCCGGCUGGACUCUCCUUGUCAAAACCUGCAAAAAGUCCUUCCCGACAGUCUUUUACCCCGUCAACCCAACAAAAGCCACCCUUCGCCGAGCCUUCACAAGCCCUGACUACACAGACGACACAACCAAUACCCCCAAGUCCAGCAACCGCAAAAAAGCAAAACAGUCGAUGGAAGCCCCCGCCCCUAAACUCAACUUCAUGGACCUCUCCUCCGAAACCCCAAACUCGUCGCCACCCCGCAAACUCCGCAAAACUUCGAUAGCAACGAUCCGCGACCCCGACGACCCCGAACCACGCACAUCAACCACAUCAAUCUUCUCCCGCACCGCAAGCAUCGACGUCCCCCGUCCCUACCGCCCCUCCUCCCCACGCUCAUGCCCCCUCCCUUCCUCCCUCCAACACCAAUACCCCCGAUCCACACCCCUCGACGCCGCAAGUCCCGCUCUCCCGCCACCUCCGCAGCCGCACGAAAGCAUCCCAGAUGCCGCCCACGAGGUCCCGCGCUUCUACCGCAAGAAACUCGAUGCGUCGGCUCGCAACCGCGUGUUUGUGCGGUUGGAAGGGGAUACGAGGUUGGGUAAGAAAUCGCACAAGGCGUUUCGCAAAGUUGGCGGUGGGGUGUUUGGCGGGUUGGUGUUGCGGACUAGUUUGGUUGCUGGGGCGCCGGUGAGGAUGAUGAAUGGGGUUGAUGUUUAUUAUUUGCAUUGAUUAGUGUUGCUGCUGUUGUUUGCUGUUGUGGAAUGGGGGUGAGCUGCAGGGAGAGGUUGGUGCGAAGGUGAAGGGGGGUGUAACGUUAGGUAUUCUGUAACAUUCGCUCUCCCUUUUCUUUUUGUUCUUUUUCGUCUCCUUUUUUUUUCCUCUUUGGUACC